AACAAAAAUUCAUCAAAAUAAUAAAUGAUGCACUGUAGCAGUAGAGAUAGGGAAAAAGAAGAGCAGGAACAGGUUUAUCAAAAUCGGAUAAUCUAUUCUUUGCCAGUGCGUUUAGGAUUAUGGAACGAGGAACUAGCGCUAUGGGAAGAAAGAAAUUUUAUUACUGCUUACAAAAAAGAACACUGCCAGCUGCUGGUCCAAAAAACAAAGAAAAUGUUCCGAAAUGUGCUCAAAACAACAAUUUUAGCUCCAGAAACCCCAUAUCUAUUGUAUAAUCAAAAUUACCAAAUAGUAACAUCAGAUAUAGUUUCUAGUGAAGGAAAUACUGGACUUUAUCUGUCAGGAGUCUUAAAUGAGAGAGAUAUAGACUACAUUCAACAUUUUCAACAUGGUUGUGCGCUUUCUGCUUCUCCCAUUAAAGAACCUUGUGUACGUAAUACUUUCAAAAUUAUUGGCUGUGAUAGCAAUAAAAGAGACCAACCUAUAAUUUAUGGCGAAGAUGUGUAUAUUCAAAUAUCCGAAAGUGGGACCAGACCUUUAUAUAUACAAUGCGAAAAUUCUACAAUAGACACUUUCGGAGGACAUCUAUCUCUAAAACUCUCACAGUGCCCAGAUAUUUAUUGCAGGUUCAAAUUUCUUCACUGGGAUCCUAAAAGGCGUUAUCAAACUACCGGUACAAAUUUUAAACCGAAUUCGAGAGUUAUCAUUAAACACACUGCUUCUGGAAAGCUGCUAGCAGCGGAACAGUCAAAAUGGAUGCCUUCUUUCUAUGGACCUGAAUGUGUCGUAAGCUGUCACACUUAUAAGGACGGACACAAAAUGGAAACUGCAGAAAACUUCUGGAAAGUUCUCAGUUCACCUCCUUCUAACAAAGCAAUGUUCGUUCGUGCUGCUAAAGGAGAAGAUGUACCUAGUGAAUUAUAUAGUUAAUUGUUCACUCAC